AACUGCCCCAUCUCCCGCCGAUCGCGGUCCACCACCGUCCUCAACAUCCGAACAUAUAACCACGCUUCCGUGUCGCUACCCGCGCCCACGCUCACAACGCGCUCGUGCCGGCUUCCUCUACCUCUUCCAUGGCCAUGGCCGACUCCCAGGCCCAGCAGAUGGGCGCGCCACUCCACCAGUCGCCGCCCGCACAGCAUCAACAGCAGCAGCACCCUCCACCACCGCAGCCACCACAACAGCACUCCACAAGCGAUCUGAAGCGCAAACGGAGCCCGUCGCACGACAGUAUGCACGUCGCCGCUGCCCCGCUCCCCAAAGCUGCAAAGACGCACAACCACCUGCAGAUUAAUUAUCUAGCCCGUCAAUGCGAAAAGGACCUCCCAUUAAUCACUGGCGACGAUACUCUUCCGAACAUCCUCUCCCUCCUCAACGAGUACCAAGGCGUGCUCGACCGCCAUGAGUCCAUGGCCUGCAACCUGGGUGCCCGCCCGCUGGGCCCCAUGCUCGUCAAGCGCUUCGAGCGCCUCUUUGACGGCCCUCCCCGAGUCCUGAAGAGUCAUGGUAAGGACGGCACGACGGUGACAUGGCUGGACGUCGUCGAGUUUGCGCGCAACAAGCCCGAGCAGUUCCAGCUGGGUCAGAUGAGCGAAGGGGUCCGCGUGUGCCAGUUCUACACCAAGCAGUGCCGGGUGCAGAUUUCCGAGGAGGACUUUGUGCUCAUUAGCUCGGGGAUUCCGCAGAAAAUGAUUCCGCCGCAGCCGAUUAUGGAGGACGAGGAGAAGGAGCUGGGGACGUUGGAGAUUUUGGAGAGGAAUCUGGUGCAGGUUGCCAAUCUGGCGGAUCAAGUCGCUGCGAGGACAAGACAACUCAAUCAUAGACUGAAAGGGAGGAGACAAGCGAUCCUAGACAGACGGGCGUCGGCCAGCCCUGCACCCCCUAUGCGUGCCUCGAGCCCCUCGAAUGUUGCGCUGAUGAACGGCGCCUCCUCCACUGCUCCUCCGGGAGUCCCCAGCAUGACACCAUCCUCGCAGUCUUCUCCAGGUGGUUUUGUGGCGAUCAAUGCUCGCCAACAUGCGGACCAGAAUGGAAACGGCACUUCUCAGAAUAUGCGCCAUGAUCUGCUAACCAAGUUCCAUACGGUUCACGACAGACGCUCGACAUCCCAACCUACAAACGCACCACUCGAUGACCAUCGGCUCUCGAUAGGCCAAUCCGCAGCUGCAAGUGCCGCCCCAUCCCAUCCGCAGAUGGUCAAAUCGGCCUCGAAAUCGGCGGAACCCGUGGGCUCUUCAGCAUCUAUCUCCCGCGGUGCUGGCCUCUUCCCCGACUCAGAACUCCAGCAUAUGCUGAAUUCCCCCUUGCCUAUUCCUAACACCCCCUCCACUCUCAUUUCAGCAGCUGCUCACCGAGCCAACCAACCUCCCGAUAAGGACGACGGUGGUCCCUUCAAAGCCGAAAUGGUACAUCGAAUGGAAGGGUUAGCUAAGGGCGAGCGUAUUCUACCCCCUUGCGACCGCUGUAGAAGAUUGCACAUGGAUUGUCUGAAGAAUCUGACGGCUUGUCAGGGAUGCACCAAGAAGCAUGCAAAGUGUUCGUGGAGGGAGGUGAGGGAGUCGGAGUUACCAGGAAGGUCGACGAUAUUCGUAGCGGAGAGGGUGGGUGUGGAAGGGGAGCACAGCGCUGAAAUGCACGAGAGGGGGAGUACGGCCUCACCGGCAGGCGUAAGUCCGAACAAUUAUGGCAUGCCGAGUCCGAGCCAUGUGCAUGGUGGGAUCCCACAACAGCAGCAGCAACAGCAGCAGCAACAGCAGCAGCAACAGCCGUCGCCUUACCCACCUCCAGACGUCCGUAGUAUUCCGCAACUCCCGUCCCCACCUAGAGCAACGGUGACAACAACAUCGACAACAUCAUCAGCAGCAGACGCCGAAGCCCGAGAUCGAGAAAGCCGGGAGCGAGAUAGAGACAGAGAUACGCGCGACCGACUCCAGGAAGCAGCGAGAUUGAGCCUCGCGCAGCAGGCCGCGCAUGCCCAGGUUACCGCGCAACAGCAACAGCAACAGGCAGCGCAUGCACAGGGGAAACCGGGACCUGGAGGGGGAGCGGGGCCGGGCCAUGGUGAUGGGACGGGCACGCAGGCGCAACCACAGACGCAGUUUCAGGCUAUGGUUGCGUAAGGGGAAGCAGGAGGAGGGAGAAUUCAUUCGAGCACGAACAGAACGAACCAUGGCGA